UGAAUGUUGAACCGAAGUCUCCCCUCCGUAGUGGUGCUGGUACUCGUGGCUCAGCAGAGACUUCGGCUGAAAGACAGCAUACUACUCUUCAUAUAUCUGCAGAAAUGAGACAGGGCUUCGGAUAAGUGACAGGUCCACUUACAUAUUCGGUGAUAUAAGCGUAAGUUUAUUCAGGAACGCCGCGCGAACAGCUGGCUGGUUGUUGCUAGCCGCAAAGCUAGCUCGACAAACCCAUUCCCCACAUGGAUAUUUUAAACGUAACCGCGUAAAUUUCACUACUCCGAUGAGACCUUUUCUGGAAGCGUAGACAGGGUUCGUUUGGACUUUUUGAGCUUUUUUUUCAUCGAAAUCUCUUCAUUUUACAAUGCGACUUUUCUCGGCGCGUUCGCUGCGGUCUUCGUGGAGUAUCACUGGAGAGAGCGGCACUGAGCCAUACUGACUCACCGACAUCCAGUUGCCCAAUUACUGACACAAUUUCGCCACCGGCUGUUCCUGCAGUGAGUCAGUAUCAUGGAGGCAGGCAGCGGGGCUGCUGCAGUGGUGGGGAGUGUAGCUCUUGGACUGCUCGGAGCCUCUGGAAGUCAUGACAUCUCUGACAGAGGCCUGAGGCCUGGACGACACCCUGAAGAAGACGACAUCGUGCCGGAGCUUGCCAGGAGCAUCCACCCCCGAGAGCGACCUGACUGGGAAGAAACCAUCAGUGCAAUGGCUCGCAGUGCUGAACUUCCGGAGCUGAGCUCUGAGCCUCUCAUGCGCUCCUGUAGCAACACUGCCAGCAUGAAGGUCAAGAAUGUCAAAAAGCUCUCAUUCACCAAGGGCCACUUUCCAAAGUUAGCCGAAUGUGCCCACUUUCACUACGAAAACGUCGACUUUGGAACAAUACAGCUGACCCUCGCAGAUGAACAGUGCGAACUGACACGGAAUGGCCUGGAAUCAAAAGAACCUGUGUAUCUGGUGCAGAUCUACUGUCAGGGACGUAGCUGGAUCGUGAGGCGGAGCUAUGAAGAUUUCCGAGUCCUGGAUAAGCAUCUCCAUCUCUGCAUCUAUGACCGGCGCUUCUCACAGCUCCCUGAGCUGCCCCGCUUCGACAGCCUGAGGGAGAGAGCAGAGACAGUUUCCCAGAUGCUGAUGGCUUACCUCUCCCGUCUGUCAGCAAUUGCUGAUAACAAGAUCAACUGUGGGCCGGCCCUCACAUGGAUGGAGGUUGACAACAAAGGGAAUCACUUGCUAGUACAUGAGGAAUCGUCUAUCAAUGUUCCAGCUAUUGCAGCGGCCCACGUGAUCAAACGCUAUAUUGCACAGGCAGCUGAUGAGCUAUCAUUUGAGGUCGGGGAUAUUGUUUCAGUGAUAGACAUGCCACCCAAAGAGGACACCACCUGGUGGAGAGGAAAACAUGGUUUUCAGGUGGGGUUCUUUCCCAGCGAGUGCGUGGAGCUGAUAAACGACAAGGUCCCGCAGUCGGUCACCAACUCUGUGCCAAAACCAGCGUCCCCCUGCUCUGGUCUGCGGCCGGCCUCCUGGAGUCUGUUCCCACCCUAUUUGGAGAUGGAGAGUAUAAAGCAGGACAGUGCAUUGGCACCCGACCCAUUAAACCCCUACAGGCUGAGCUCAGUGUCCAAGAAACACGGGAAACUGAUCACGUUCCUGCGCACAUUCAUGAAGUCCAGGCCAACCAAGCAGAAGCUGAAGCAGAGAGGAAUCCUCAGGGAGAGGGUGUUCGGUUGUGACCUGGGAGAACAUCUUCUCAACUCGGGCCAUGAUGUCCCACAGGUACUCAAGAGUUGCACUGAGUUCAUUGAGAAGCAUGGAGUGGUUGAUGGAAUGUACCGUCUCUCCGGGAUCGCGUCCAACAUUCAGAAGCUGCGGCACGAAUUUGACUCUGAGCAGAUCCCAGAUCUGACAAAAGAUGUUUACAUCCAGGACAUACACUGUGUGGGCUCCCUGUGCAAGCUUUACUUUCGAGAGCUUCCCAACCCACUUCUCACCUACCAGCUGUAUGAGAAAUUCUCGGAUGCCGUGUCAGCAGCCACAGAUGAGGAGAGGCUGAUCAAAAUACAUGAUGUCAUUCAGCAGCUGCCUCCUCCACAUUACAGGACCUUAGAGUUUCUUAUGAGACAUCUGUCACACUUGGCCACUUUCAGCUAUGUAACAAACAUGCAUACAAAGAAUUUGGCCAUUGUUUGGGCCCCCAACCUACUGAGGUCAAAACAAAUAGAAUCGGCUUGCUUCAGUGGCACUGCAGCGUUCAUGGAGGUGCGGAUACAAUCUGUUGUGGUAGAGUUUAUCCUCAACAAUGUGGAUGUUCUCUUCAGCACCAAACUGAGCUCACUCAUACGAGAGGGAACAGGACACAAUUCGUUGUCUCGUCCUAAAUCGUUGCUGGUACCCUCCCCAUCCACGAAGCUGCUGACACUAGAAGAGGCGCAGGCACGUACUCAGGCCCAGAUCAAUUCCCCCAUCACUGCAGACAGCAAGUACAUUGAAGUAGGAGAGGGGCCAGCAGCCUUGCAAGGAAAAUUCCACACAGUCAUUGAGUUCCCCACGGAGAGGAAAAGGCAACCCAUAAAGUCAAAAAAGUCUCCGGUUGGCAGUUGGCGGUCAUUUUUUAAUUUGGGCAAGUCUUCCGCGAUGUCCAAACGCAAACUACACCGUAACCCCAGUGAACCGAAUGAACUUAAGGCAAUGGCUUUAGCUGGAGGAAGAGGAGACACUGCUACUCUUCGGUCGGCCAAAAGCGAGGAGUCUCUCACCUCUUUACAUAAUGUUGAAGGCGAGUCUAAAGUGUACAGACCACGCAGACCUCGUUCCAGCAGUGACGCCCUGUCGGCUUCUUUUAACGGUGACCUGCUAGAUAGCAGACAGCACUGUAACUCUUACGACAACCUGGGUCAAGGAGAGAGCGAUGGAGACGAUGGUCCAAUCUGUGUGCCUGCUCUCAUUUCUCCCCCCCGCUCUGCUGAUGAUGUGGACCUGAGCCCCCCUGACAUUGGCAUGGCAUCUCUAGACUUUGACCCUAUGUCUUUCCAGUGUAGCCUUCCUCUGGUAGAGACGUCCAUUUUCUCGCUUGACACAGAUGCGGGAACUCUGAAGCGAAGCCCGGGAAGUGCCAGUGGCUCCGAGCCCGUCUCACCAAUCAGAGCAAAGGUUACGAGCCAUUCUCAGUCUCCAGAACACAGACCGGCCUUAGAGGAUACUAAUAAACUGCCCACUGCAUCAGAGAAAAUUGCAGUUCAAUCCGUUAAGAUCAGUGAGAAGUCAACUGUUUUGACACCUUUGAGCAUCUUCGAAUCGCCUGUCUCCGUGAUAAGGAUGGGGCCGGAGAGCCCUGCACUUCAGGCCUCGUCCCCUUCAUCUCCACUCGAGUCGCCAGCCAAUUUGAGCUCUUUUUCAAGAACCACUGAUCUGCCCCUGAGUGAAGCCAUUCCAGAGCUUCUCUUUAAAGCUGCUACCUUUGAGAGUAAGGAGAAUAAAGACAUAUCAAGCAUUGAAUGUGCACAGCCACCACAGGCCACCUUCUGUCAGGAGCAGCCAGGAGCCGUAGUUCGGGACUCACCAAUGGGCACUGUCCCAGUCAGCUCCGUGUCCCUGCUCCCUCCCCCUCCCCCACCAAAGAACGCUGCCCGCAUGCUUGCACUAGCUCUCGCUGAAUCUGCUCAGCAGGCCACCAUUCUCUCUCAGAGGCUACCCUCUGGACCCCCAACACCGGUCUCUCCUCUAAGGACACAGGGGUUAACGGAGACACUGGACUGGCCAUCUGCUCCUCAACCUCUGCAGUCUCAACCAUCACUAGAAGAAGCUGCUGUGAAGGCGUCAAAGAUUUCAGAACCUGCGUCUUUAGCACCUUCCACCUUGACUGAAAAACUAACUCGCUCAGACAGUCUGCAUCUUAGCAAAGAUAGCGGAAUCCCAACAAGCACCUCCUGUAGCAGCCAGGAUGUUGUCUCAUCGGUGAAACCAGGACAGAGUAGUGUACCUUCAAGUCAGCCUUCUCAAGUUUCUGAAACACAGAAAAGUCCAGAAAGGCAGCAGCCAGCUGUGGGCCAGACACCCGUGAGCUCAACCAAAGCCACUGCACCAACCAUCAACAAGGAUACUUUUAUUCAACAACCAUGCUCUGAGGUCCAUAUGGCAGAAAAUGACCUUCAAACAAAACCCCAAAAGGCACCAGAUCAACUAGUCGCAAUUCUCCAGCCUCAGCCUCAACUAAAGACUCAACCUCAUUCAACAUUUCGCUCUCAACUUCAAGUUCAGCCUCAGACUCUGUCACAAGCACAGCCUCAGUCACAAGCACAGCCUCAGUCUCAACCCAAAUCACAGCCCAACGCUCGAGUUGCACCCAUCCCGGCUACACCUAUUGACCCGGUGGAAAAACCAUGGGAAGCCAUAAAGCCUGUCCAUCCCAAAGCAGAUAUUGGCCCUCAACAUCACACUCAUGGAGUGGCACCUCCAGCACCCCCUGUUCGCACAAUUGAAAGUAAACUAGCAACGGCUGCUCUUUGCCACACUGAAGCUGCAAACCCAGCCAACUUUCACAAUGUCUCAUCAGAGACAUCCAUGAGAGGCUCAGUGGAGGACACUCCCUCGCAAUCUCAUCCACCUCAUCGCAGGUCUUCCACUCAUCAGUCGGGUUAUAUUUACCACUCGAAAGGAGAGGCAGCUCUACCGGAGCCCACAGCAGAGGCAUAUUACCAUCAGCGGGUAACCCCAACAGGUCCAUCCUCAAUGCCUUAUCAUUGCCGUCCAGAAAGUGUUCCACCGCAUAUUUCCUACGUGUCUAAAUCAGAGCCACAUAUUACCUACAGGGGUCACGGGGAUGGCAGAUACAAUACAAUUGGACCACGGUCUAACCACCAGUCCAUCAAAUCUCGUGGCCUACCAAGGGGUGAAUACAUUUCCUCAAGCUCAAUGCACCACAGCCAUGCCUACAGCCCUGUAGAUGGACCUACUGUAUAUCCAGCCAUCCGCAGAGUUCACUCCCUACACAUGCCGCCCACUGCUAUCCGCUCAAUGCCGGUUAACAGAACAGAGGUUCCACCGGACGAUGAGCUUUUUUACUACCAGCGCCCAAUCUACCAUUGCAAGUCUCACCAACCGUCUUCUCAAACUGACUAUCACGUCACACAACUGCAGCCUUAUUUUGAGAACGGAAGAGUUCAGUACCGUUACAGCCCCUACUCGAGUUCUCAUCCUUUGGAAGCCCCGUACUACGAUGUGGAUCAUUACGGUACGAUCCGCUUACGGCACGUCCAUUCUUUCGGUGGUCGGGACACGACACCUCUCAUUAGCCGGCCUGGAGGGAAGUCUGGAGGGUAUAACUACCUUUCGCGCCAUUUUGUUCCUUUAAAGGAGCACAGUUUUGUUAGCCGGGACAUGCCUCCUUACGCUGGUUCAAAGGGGGGUGUUUACUUUGCAUGGGACCCGGAGGAAGCAGAGAGGCUUCGAGUGCACUCCAUUCGUAGAGAAAGCCGAGCGAGACAGAAGGUGAAGGGUUCUGUCAUGUCUCAAUAUGACAACGUGGGGCACUACUUACCAAUGGAUACAAGUGGAUUUGAUACAUUACACAUGCGCAGCAAAUCAGAUCCUGGCAAAGCGGUGUUGAUGGCCACUGAGGGAAAGGACGGCAGAUACAACGUAGCUUCUGGGUCUCAGCAUGCUCCCAGGCACCUUAUAUCAGAUCCAGAUGUGCUCAUGUAUAUUGAAACGGAGAAGCACUGCCAGGGAAAUGGAAUGGGGGAAAAACACUCCAAACAGGGCAGCUCCAGGACCUACUCGUCUAACCAUUCACAUCAAUCUCAGCUUCCACCACGAAGCAUGCAGCACUUACCGGAGGGCGGCCAUCUUGAUCCAAAGUUUGAGCCAGAUAGCAGGAUCGCUCAGCCUCGAUAUGAAAGACCUGAUUUAGAUCGACACAUAUGCAGGGUAAAAGCCACUAGCGCGGUCAGUGAAGAUGAACAAGCUGCUCCCGUGAAGCCAACACCUCCACCCAAACCCGAAAGAUCUCAUAGUGUAAGAGAGCGACCACAUUAUAACCCGUCCAGUCUUCCUUCUCAUUUGCCAGAGAGCUCGGAAAGAGACCACAGUGGAUCCUACACACGUCAAUCACAGGCGCAAAGAGAAAGCAGUGGCACCAUUGUUUUACAGUCACACUACGACAACCUGGAUGACUACCACCCAGUACCUCAGUCCCAAAGUUCAGUAGCACAUCUUGGUGGAUCCAGCUCCUAUCACAGCCCCGCUUUCUCAACUCCGCAGAGUAACAGGGCAUACUCCACUGCCUUGGGACAGGGCGCUUUUAUUCAAGCUGAGCUUUCAGCGCAGAGGCCCGAGGCAGAAAUUAAUGCUGAAUGAGCAGACAGAUGGAUUGUGGACAGAAACUGUCAAUAAUAUUUCAAUAAAAAUGCAGCAGCCUCUGCAGGACAGUGGACUGCCUUCUGACUGUUUACAUUCUGUUUUUUAAUCUACAAAAAGACUUUUUACUGAACUGAAUGUACCAUAUUUCAUCAGUUGUUUAAAUAGCCACAUUGUGACAUGAAGGUGUAACUUGUCAUAUACUGUAGAUAUGUGAUAUUGAUAAACGGUACAUAAAUCAGAACCAGAAGAGUAAUGUAUAUCUGGAAAAAGAAAAACACUGCUGGUUAUGAAGGGAAUGUUUCGUUCUGUUGUAUUAUUUGGAAAAGGUCUGGGUUGGGGUAUAAUCGGGGUGUAAAGGUUUGCAUUUUAGAAAUGCAUGUAAUCUAUCUUUUACAGAACAGUUCUGUGUACCUUGAUAUACUGUAUAUUGUGUACUUUAUGGACGUAACAGUAACCGUGGAAAGGAAACGCUGUUGAAGUCAUCCUUCCUACCUUUUUCACACCGUGUACACAACUAGGCGGUACAAAUAAUCUUCUGCCUUUAGGUUGGUGGCCCAAAAUGUGCAUUUUUCAUGUCUGUGCCAUUACUAUUACAUACUAAGGUUUAAUCCCAAGCAACUGGAUAUGUUUAUUUGUUUGAGAACUUGACACCGACUGACAAGAUUUGACUUUGCUCUUUAUUGUUGGAGGGACCAAACAAUGAGGAAUGUUGAGCGACUGAAGGAGUGCCAAUGUGAAGUGGCUAAGACACAUUUCUUGCCCUGUUCAAGAGAAAGAGAAAUGUGUUGUUAAGAGUUUUUGGUACAUUUAGUGAUUUACAAUGUUUCUGACUGACCUUAGACCUGCACCUUACUUAACCUAUAUUUAACAAGCUCCAUUACUAAAUUUCUCAGACACACUUUGCGUCGACAAUUUUUUUAUAUGAACCAACCGAAUACUCCAUAAACUUACUAAUACUUCACAAAUUGUGCUUUUGACAGUGUCAAAGAAAGCACAUUACCCACAACAAGAAUCUCUGAGAUGAAGAUACCAUCAUUUUAGUUAUUUAAAAGACUUUAUGAAAAAGGGACCCAUGUUUUUUAAUUUGUUGUUGUUUUGACAAGUCAUUGCAUGUUCCCGUUCUGUCAGAUAAUAAUAUUUUAUAACAUGCUUAUAAAUUUGUGUUUAAGUAUUCAAAUGAUCCAAACUCUGGGUGGUAUCAUUUGUAUGUGAUUGAUUCCCUAAUAUCUGUUCUUUUUGUGUGUUUUGCAAAGUCUUAUGAAGUUCAUUUUCAUUGCCGGCACGUUGACAAUAAUGUGCCGUAGUUUCUUGUUUUUGUUUGUUCUUUAGACUGUGAAAAGAAAUGAUUGGUUGGCUAGUGUGGAGAAAUAAAGGCACUCA